GUGUUGCCAUUGCAACAUCUUCCUUCACUAGGAAUCCAACCAUGGAAGUCGUAGAGGGGUCAGCAUCCUAUGGCGGCUGUGACUAUGAUGCGAUUGCGGCUCUACAGGAGGAUCUAGCGAUUGCGGGAUUCUUGAGAGAGUACGUGGCUCCCGGUUGCAAAGUCCUAGACCUGGGCUGUGGCACUGGGCUAUUGCUGGAGCUGCUAGCUCUGCAGCCGGAGCAUUACCUCGGCAUCGAUCACUCCGAGAAGAAGUUGGAGGAGUUGCAGAGCAAGUUUCCGGAGCAUGAGACCAAGAAAAAGGCCUUUGGAGCAGAAGAUUUGGAGGAUGUUGAUGUGGCAGUUUCAUUAUUCGGACCCAUCAGCUACGUCGAUCCAGACUUAGUCUUCCAGCUGGUCUCCAGCGGUGUGAGCUACUUCCUGAUGUUUUACAAGGAAGACUACCGACCGGUGACCUAUGACACGUGCCAAGUCCAUUCCUAUCCCUUCGAACGAUACAAUCUUCCAAGUCAAGACUUCGGCAGUUUUGCGGUGGUCAGCAACCUCCGCACUCCAGAUGGAUCUUUGGCAUUUCCCCGCCAGUCCUUGCGAAGAGCGGAGCGGGCCAAAACCGAGCCUUCCGGGGUCAAGUUCAAGCCGAGUGGUGGACUUUCCGCCGAACUUGAAAACUACCCCUCGGACAGAGCCGUGCUGCUGAAGGGACACGGCAAUGCGAAGGGUUCGUCCCUGGGGGGAACGAUCGUGACCAUGCUGAAUGCCUAUAUGGGAUCUGGAAUCUUGGUGAUUCCCUAUGCCUGGAAACAAGCUGGCUGGCUCUAUGUGCUUCCCUUCCUCGCGGUGACGAUGAUGAUGACCUUCACCCUGUGGCUCAUGGGUGUUCUCUUCCGCCUUGUGGACGCUCGAGCCAACGAGAUGAAUGUGCCAAUGGUCAGCCGCGACUGGGGGAUGUUGGGUCAGAUGGCUUUCGGAAGGUGUGGCCAGCUGCUGUUCUCUGGUUGUGCCCUUGUGGAUCUUUAUGGCGGCUUGUUGUCAGGAGUGAUCGUGGCAUCAAAUCAACUGCAAUUUCUAUUCCCUUCCCUGUCAACUGCAGUUCUCAGUGUUGGCUGCUUUGGAGUUCUCCUCAUACUGGUCUGCGUGCAAGCUAGGCAUUUCUCUUCUUUAGCAGUCGUUGGUUUGGGUAGCAUGUUGAUCAUCGUGUCUUGCCUCCUGAUCAACGGUGGCGAGCUGGUGGCCCUUGGUGAGGCAGCGGAGGACCAGGUGAUGGUGAACUGGGCAGGACUUGCCCCAGCAACAGGGGUUGCCAUUUACACCUUCAUGGUGCAUUCAGAGGCGGCCUUGGUCUAUCAGCUGAUGGAGGACCGCUCCCAAUGGGGCCAAGCUGUACUGUGCAGCACGGGCCUUGCGGCGGCAUUUUUUGUGGCUCUUGCAAUGCUGUGCUACAGUUUCUUCGGCGAUGGCACAGCGCUGUCCUUCCCUAUGAAUUUGGGCCGCAGUCCAUUGAACCUGCAGCUGCUACCAGGAGAACUCAACGGUGCCAUGAGUGCCCUCUGCCUGAUCAGCGUGACGCUGAAGUUGCUGCUAAAUGUGCCAUUGCUGGCAGCUCCCAUUCUGGAGCAUUUAGAGGAGUGCUUGCGCCUGGGCUGCUGGACGAAGGUCCUCUUCUCUCUGGUCACCGCCUGCCUGUGCCUCUUCCUCCACGAUGAUGCAGCCUUUGUGAUCGAACUCGUGGGCAUCGUGCCCCAGAACUUCAUGUGUGCCGUGCUGCCGUGCGCGGCCUUGCUGAAGCUCAAAGGAGACUUGGGAGGCUUUCGAAGUUGCAUCCUUUGGUUGCUGAUCGUCAGCUUCGCUAUCUAUGGCCUGGGUGCAACUGUGGCGGCUGUGUUGGAGAAUGUGUCGAAGAAGCUGGGACUCGACGUCGCAUAAGGUGAAGCAUUGACUAAUUGAAUACCUUGGCUCACCCGCAGCCCUGUUUGCUGAUUUACUCAGCAACAAACUGGAAUUAGUGGUGGUGAUUCUUGGUUGUGCCAUCCCUAUAGGUGAGCUGGUGAUUUUGACCAGCUUGAAACCUUUCUGAUGUGCAGCCAUUCUUGCGACUUUCAUUCUUUUGAUUUUUCCGCAUUCUUAAAACCAGUGCCCCGUUGAAAUGGUUCAUCUGCGAAAUAUACAGAUGCACAGACGCAGUGACCACUCAGGCAGCGGUAAUUGAGAUGGAUUUUGCUGUGAUUUCUUUGUAUAGAGGCGUACGGCUGCCAGUGCUCCUGCGACCGGAUGCCAUUUUGACAUCUCAUGACCGCCUCUCCACCAGGUUACGUGAAGGCAAGCAAGUUGAAAA